CUCAGAACACCGUCGGCAAUGGAGCCGCGAGGCUCUGCUGCACUCUCCGACACGCCGUACACGCUCUUCGCCAGCAGCAGUGACGGCCGCCGGGCCGGUAGCUGGCCGUACCUCUGCACACUCCUCGCUGUGCUCCUGGGCACCGGCGUGCACGCGUCCAAGGAGGCGCUCGUGCCGAGCGAGAAGUCGCUCGAGGCGCUCGGCCUCUCCCCGGUUUGCUAUUCGGCGCUCACCAUCACGCCCGUGGCUCUCGGUAUCGUCACGCCUCUCGCGUGGGGGCGGCUGUGGGACACGAGGGCGGCGCUUGUCCUAGUUGGCGCUCCGCUCGGCGAACUGGUCGGCUCGGGCCUCACCGCCUGCGGGCUGCUCGCGCUCGGCGCCAGGAACAGCCCCGCCGCCGCCGCCGCCAUACUCGCCGGCCUGGUCGCCUCGUCCGCCUGCCGCGCGGGCAUCACGAUCGCCGAGUUCUCGCUGGUCGGCCGCGUCUGCGGCAGGAACGCGGCGGCUGGCUUUGGCGCGCUGGUGGUCGCCAAGCACGGAAUGGGCUCGCUGAUGUCGUGGGCAGUUCCCAUUUUGCUCGGCGAAGGCGCGCUCGGCGUCGCGCCGUUGCUCUCCCUGCAGCUCCUCCUCCUCGCCCCCCACGCCAUCGCCGUCUGCUCGGGCGCAGCCCUUUCCGUGUUGCACCGUCCGGCGGCGGGAGAGGGCGGCGGCGGCGAUCUGCCUGAGGUGGACUCGACGCCGCGAGAAGGCAAGGUGCUCUGCGGGGCGGGGCGAGGCCACGGCUCGCGCGACCCGGCUGCGGGCGGUGCUGCCGGCGCGGCCUCGCUGCUGCAGUCGCUGCAGCAGUCGCAACGGAUGACGUCGCAGAGUGUCGCCGUACUCCUGAUCGGGCUGUGGCGCGCGCUCGAGUUGGGACGCUUCACGCAUACCACUCCGUGCGCGUGCAGCUCGCGGCGAGCAUGGGCAGUCUCUCGACCCGGAGCGCGGGCGCGCUCCUCGCUUCGAACGACCUCGUCGCCAUCGCGCUACUGCCGCUGCUCAUGCUCUCCUCGCGCUCGCUCAACGGGCUGCGCGCGCUGCUGGUGGCGACGCCAGUGGCGAGCGCGGUCGCGGUGGCCGUGCUGCUGCUCAGGGUGCGCAGCCACGGCAGCGUGCACGCCGAGCUCUUCGCGCUCUCCCUCCUCGAGGUUGGCGCUCCCGUGGUUCCGCUCGCGCUGCUGCCGCGCGCAAGCCGUCGGGCGGGCGGCGGGUGGGUGCCAAGCGACCGACUGGGCACGGCAUACGGCACAAUCGAGACUCUCUUCAUCCUCAUGCAAAUCACGAUCACGAUGCUGCUCGGGGUGCUCCGCUCCGUCGAUUCGGACGGUGACGGCAUCCCCGACGCCGAGGACCCCGACGGAAAGUGGCGUUUCGUCGGGCCGCUGAGCCUGCUCGCGGGCGGUUUUGCCGGCGCGGCAGUGGUGUCGGUGCUCCUCCUCGAGCGAGUCGGCGGGGGGGCGGUUGUGCGGGGGAGCGACGCCGACCGCGGUUGCCAGCCGUGCUUGGCAAUGAUCGGCCGGACGCCCUCGUGUGGUGAGACUGAGAGUGGGGCAGCACGCGCGCGUAUUUAGCGAGAGUAACGCGACCGGUCCCCUAUCAGACAGUGUUAUUUACGUACCAAGGUAUGCAAAGAGUGAGAAUGC